UUUCUCCGUCUUCCCCUUUUUUUCAGAUUCAUUAUUAAACACAUCAGUUUUCAGAUCAGAUCAGAGGCUCUCUCUCUCUCUCUCUCUCUCUCUCAUGGUUAAGGGAGCUGAAGGAGAGGAAGCGAUGACGAAUUCCUCAGCCGCCGCCGGCGCACACAUACUGGUGUUCCCGUACCCUGCGCAGGGGCACAUGCUACCCCUACUCGAUCUCACUCACCAGCUUCUCCACCGGGGACUAACCAUUACCAUACUGGUGACCCCAAAAAACCUUCCUUUCUUAAACCCACUCCUCUCCCAACAUCCACCCUCCUCCAUCCAAACACUCGUCUUCCCCUUCCCUGCCCACCCUUCUAUCCCACCUGGCGUAGAGAACGUCAAAGACAUCGGUAACCAUGGCAACGCCUUCAUCAUCUCUGCCCUCUCCUCCCUCCGUGAACCCAUCAGUAACUGGUUCCACUCUCAUCCUUCCCCACCCAUCGCCAUCAUCUCCGAUUUCUUCCUUGGCUGGACUCACCACCUCGCUUCCCAACUCGGCAUCCCCCGUGUCUCUUUCUACUCCUCCGGCGCUUUCGUCUCCUCCGUCUUCAUGACUUUGUCCCACCAAAUGGGUUCUCUGCACCAGCAGCCCUUUGCCUGCUUGUCUCAUCUCCCAAACUCUCCUUCCUUUCCGCUUGAUCAACUUCCCUCCAUGCUCCGCCUAUACAGGGAAUCAGACCCCGAUUGGGCCUGCGUUAAGGAUGGCUUCAUCGCUAACCUCUCCAGCUGGGGAGCCGUUUUCCACACCUUCGAUGCUCUGGAAGAGAUCUAUCUCCGUUACUGGCAACGGGAGAUGGGCCAUCCACGUGUCUGGGCCAUCGGCCCUCUGAUGAAUCUGGACUCUGCUGGUCCAAACCCAACCGACCGUGGUGGGCCCAGUUCGAUGCCAGCUGAUGCUGUGCUGACGUGGCUCGAUGGCUGCUCCGAUGGUUCAGUGCUGUUUGUUUGCUUUGGCAGCCAGUUCUCACCGGGGAAGCCACAGAUGGAGGCGAUUGCUGCCGGGAUGGAGGGAAGUGGGGCCCGUUUCAUCUGGUCCGUCAAAUUGAGCGAUUCUGAUGAGCGCGGCGAAAUCCUCACUGGGUUGGAAGAUCGAGCGGCUGGGAGGGGAUUGAUCAUCAGGGGAUGGGCCCCGCAGGUGCCCAUACUGAACCACCGAGCCGUGGGUGGGUUCUUGACUCACUGCGGGUGGAACUCGGUGGUGGAAGGGAUCACGGCGGGGGUAUUUUUGCUGGCGUGGCCGUUGCAGGCUGACCAAUUCGUGAAUGCGAGGUUGUUAGUGGAGUACUUGGGAAUUGCCGUUAGGGUUGCAGAGGGCAUGGAUGCGGUACCUGAUUCGGUUGAGUUGGCUCGGAUCAUAUCCGAUUCGUUGAGCGUAACUGGGAGUGAGAGGGUCCGAGCCAUGGAACUGCGCUCAGAGGCGUUGGCCGCAGUGCAACAAGGUGGAAGCUCUCGGAGGGCUUUGGAUGAGUUUGUGAAGGUUUUGUCUGCACUUGGGCAAAAUUCGCCUAAUCCGAGAGAUCAUGAAAAGAAAGAAUGAAUUAUAUUUCA